AUGUCGGAUAUCCCUGAAUUAGUCAUUGACAAGGUGUCGCCUCGAGCCCGUGAGGUGAUUGCCAAGGUCAGGAGGUUUGUCGAGGAAGAGGUUCUUCCUGUCGAGGAACAGUAUGAGACCGCUCUAGACGGUUUCACCGGCAGGGCUAAUACGACUGGUGGACCAUAUCCUCGAUUCUCGGCAGUUCCUUCGACAAUUGAGACUUUGAAACAAAAGGCUCGUGCUCAGGGUCUUUGGAAUUUGUUUUUACCUAAGAACUAUAACGAAGGUGCUGGGUUCACUAAUUUGGAGUAUGCUCUCAUGGCCGAACAGACUGGACGUGCUCAUUUAGCUGCUGAGGCAUUGAAUUGUGCUGCCCCUGAUACUGGAAAUAUGGAAGUAUUUGCUCGAUAUGCCAAUGAGCAACAGAAGAAACAAUGGUUAGAACCACUGUUGGAUGGCAAGAUCCGGUCAGCGUUCUGUAUGACAGAGAAAGGGGUUGCCAGUUCUGAUGCUAAGAAUAUCCGACUUCAAAUUACCAAGGAUGGAAGUGAUUAUAUCCUUAACGGAACUAAAUGGUGGGCUUCAGGUGCCGGUGAUCCUCGUUGUAAAGUGUUGCUUGUGAUGGGUAAGACAUCGAAUACCGGUUCGGAGUAUCGUCAACAGUCUGUGAUUAUUGUGCCUGUGGAUACUCCCGGGGUGAACAUUAUCCGACCUAUGAAGGUGUUUGGAUAUGAUGAUGCUCCUCAUGGACAUAUGGAGAUCAAGUUUGACAACUGUCGAGUUCCCCAAGCCAAUGUUGUUUGGGAAGAAGGAAGAGGUUUUGAAAUCAUUCAAGGCCGACUUGGUCCUGGCAGAAUCCACCAUUGUAUGCGGACACUGGGAGCUGCCGAGCAGGCUCUUCAAUGGAUGUUGAAGCGAAUCACCGAUCCUAACCGAGUGACUUUCGGUCGACAAUUGAAGGAGCAUGGAACUAUUAUGGACUGGGUAGCCAAGUCGAGAAUCGAAAUUGACUACGGCCGAUUGCUGGUGUUAUCUGCUGCCAACAAAAUUGACGUCGGUGGGCCUAAAGCCGCUCUUCUCGACAUUUCUAAAGCCAAAAUUGAGUGUCCUAACAUCAGUCUCCGCGUCAUUGACCGAGCCAUCCAAGUCCAUGGAGCCGAAGGUGUCUCGCAAGACACCCCUCUGGCCCGCAUGUACGCUGGCAACCGUACCCUCCGCAUUGCCGACGGUCCUGACGAGGUCCACCUCGAUCAGCUCGCCCGUCGCGUCAUCCACGCCUACGAGAAGUCCCGCCAAAGUAAGCUGUAA